CAUAAUUUAAGAUCGACCUCUCUGCCGCUGCAACCCGACUGCGAAACAUAUCGACGUGAUCAGAUAUAGUAUUUAUGGUAUAGAAGACUACCACCUCCUCGAAAACUACUGGUGCCACUUUCGCAAUGAGCGGGAGGCUCCUGUCCACCCGUCUCCUGCCUUUGGCGCGACGCGGCGCAAGCCAGAAUGCGCGGCAAUUCCACCAUCGAGCCAGUUCCUCUGCCGGUGGCCUCCUCCGAUCCGAUGUUGCUGUACGUGUGGCCAGGCGCCGCAUGUGGCCGCUGGGCUACAACUCGAUGCACAACUCCGUAGCCGUCCGAAACGCCUCCUUCGCCCGCAUUCUUCCAAAGCUUGCCCUGAAAUUCGCGAGGAUACCGGCCAUGUUCGGAGGUGCAAUGAUAGCAGGAAUUGCAUGGAUCCAAUACCAAGCCACCCAGGCCGGAAACUAUGCUAUGGAUGUAUUUCAGCAGACGGCUGAUACUGUUGGCGGAAUAGCGGGAUCUCUUUUCGGCACGGUGGCAGGCACUGCUGAGCAGAUGAAGCGCGGGCUCGAAAAUACAAAGGAGGAAUUACCAGAAAUGCCAGAAUGGUUACAGAAGGUGCUUCGGAUACAUGAGGAAAUAGGAACAGGUUCGGGUGGAUCUGGAGGGAAGGGAGAAGGGGAAUCACCACAGGAAGCCCGCGUCGGUACCGCUGCUGCUGUUGUAGGCUCUGCUGCAGCAUAUGGAUAUGGCCAGUCAGACGAGGAGGAUGAUCGAUCAGAGCCGGAGGCCGCAAGGGAUGACCAAAUGAUGGUACUAACGAAGAAGAUGAUCGAAAUCCGAUCUCUCCUCCAGACAAUUGGCCAAUCCGAAGCUCUUAUACUACCAUCGAUUGUCGUUAUCGGUUCGCAGUCAUCAGGGAAGAGUUCCGUCUUAGAAGCGAUUGUGGGGCACGAGUUCUUGCCAAAGGGAUCUAAUAUGGUUACCAGGCGUCCGAUCGAGCUGACACUUGUCAAUACGCCCGAUUCUAUGGCCGAAUAUGGAGAAUUCCCAGCACUUGGCCUGGGGAAAAUAACAGAUUUUUCGAGUAUUCAGAGGACGCUUACGGAACUGAAUUUGGCCGUACCAGACACCGAGUGUGUUUCCGACGACCCGAUACAGCUGACUAUAUCGUCACCGCAUGUCCCGGACCUGUCACUUAUUGAUCUACCCGGGUAUAUUCAAGUCGUCGGCCAAGGUCAACCUUUGGAACUGAAGCAGAAGAUAUCGGAUCUAUGUGACAAGUACAUACAGGCUCCCAAUAUCAUUCUGGCUAUAUCGGCUGCUGACGUGGAUCUUGCAAACUCUACUGCGCUGAGAGCGAGCAGAAGAGUCGACCCUAGAGGAGAAAGGACGAUUGGAGUCGUCACAAAGAUGGACUUAGUUGACCCGCGACGAGGCUAUGACAUCCUCACCGAUCAAAAGUAUCCGCUUCGCCUCGGUUAUGUGGGUGUCGUGUGCAAGGCGCCUCAAUCAGUUGGUCUGUUUAAAAAGGGCAGUGCCAACAUCACCUCGGCCAUCGUCAAAAACGAACAUGCCUAUUUCUCGGCCCACCCAGUCGAAUUCGGACCAGAGAAUGGGCUGAACACAGGGACAACAACUCUACGCAAGAAACUCAUGCAGGUACUUGAGAAGACAAUGGCGUCUAGCCUCCAGCAUACAAGCGAUGCAAUCCACCAGGAGUUGGAAGAAGCUACAUACGAGUUUAAGGUCCAAUACAACGAUCGACCAUUAUCUGCCGAGUCUUACCUUGCAGAGAGUCUUGAUGCUUUCAAGCAUUCGUUUAAAGCGUUUGCCGAGGAGUUCGGAAGGCCCCAAGUCCGAGAGAUACUCAAGGAUGAACUUGAUCAGCGGGUUCUUGAUCUCCUGGCCGCACGAUACUGGAACAAGCCCAUCGAAGGCCUCGAGGCGCCGGUUUCUGAGCCAAGCGUCCUGGCAGAUCUCCCGAAAGCAGACGCCGAUUCUUUAUACUGGCACCGCAAACUCGAUGCCUCAACGUCAGCAAUUACGAAGCUAGGUAUCGGACGAUUAGCGACCACUGUUGUCGCCAAUGCCAUCCAGGCCAAUGUCGAUCGACUCGUCACCCAGUCGACUUUCUCACAUCACCCCUUUGCACGCCAAACAAUCACAGAAGCGUCAUCGGGGAUACUGAAUGAGAGGUUUUACAGCACUAGCGAUCAGGUGGAAAACUGCAUCAAGCCAUUUAAGUUUGAGAUUGACGUUGAAGAGUCCGAAUGGGCUCGUGGCCGAGACAACAUUACGCGCGUGUUGAAGAGGGAGCUGGUCGCCUGUGAAUCAGCACAUAAGGUCGUCGAAGAUAGUGUUGGUGGACGAAAGAAGCUCAAAGACGUGAUGAAUUUUGUGGACCGUGCACGCAAGAGCGAGAUCCAGGUGGAUGGGAAUGGUACCGGCGGUGCUGGCGGGUUCAGUGCCGCACUGAUCAAGAAGGGUCAAGAAGCGGUAUUCCUUCGAGAUCGCGCCGAUAUAAUUAAGAUGCGCCUCAUGGCCGUUAAGUCCAAGCAGUGCGCAUCCCUCAAGAACAAGUAUUAUUGCCCUGAGGUGUUCCUGGAUGUAGUCGCGUCGAAACUCACCCAGACCGCUGUCCUCUUCCUAAAUGUGGAGCUACUGUCCGAAUUCUACUACAACUUCCCCCGAGAACUCGACGCUCGUCUCGGUCGCCAUUUAUCUGACGAUGAGGUCCAGAGAUUCGCUCGGGAGGACCCCAAGGUACGCGCGCAUUUGGAAGUUAUCAGACGGAAGGAGCUGUUGGAGCUGGUUCUUGAGAAGAUGGAGAGCUUGAGGGCGCUGGAAGGCAGGGAUAAGAGGAGAGAGGCAGCUGGGAGCAAGAUCAAGGGGGCCGAGAAGGAGAGGAGCAAGGGAUGGGGGCUGUUCUAAGAAGUAGAAACAGUGGUGGCGGAAUUAUAUUCCCUUUCGAUGAGGAGUUUGGGUAUUUUAUUUGUUGUAUAUGAUAUCACUCUGUCCACUCUUGGGAACCAAUCCAGAGAUUAGAAAUGGGAAGGCGCUAUAAUAAUGGCAACA